UUCUUAAUUGCAAAAUUGAUUCAAUUAAAACUCAAAAUUUUCAAAUGGAAAGGUUUCUCGGAGAAUGGUACGAAUUAGCAAAAUCGUACAGUCGAUCUAUGGAUUUACAUUCUGCAAUGUGGAAAUUCGUUGAUGAUUCGGAUUCAAAUUACAAAUUUUACUAUACUGCUGUUGCGGGAGACAACAAUUGCAUACGACCACUUCGAGGGAAAGUCGAUGUUUUUGAUGGAGAGUUGUAUUUAAGUUACAGUACUUUUACUUCUGUUGUGAAAGAGAAAAUGGUGGUUGUUUAUACCGAUUACGAGAACAUAGCAGUUUUGUACUCCUGUCUUUAUACUAUUCCUCAAACAGAGAGUUGUCAUCCAGCAGCAGUUUAUGGAGUUAUUAUUUUACGCAGUAAAACAUUAAAUUCGAAAGCAUUACAGUCAGCGUUAAUGGCUGUAAAAAAUUCUUGCAUUGAUCCAAGAACUCUUCAGCAUAGACAUUCUGAAGUGAAUUGCUGGUUUGAUGAUGAUUUCAGAACAGAUGAAGAAGAUAUUCCAGGUCCUGAUUUCUGCUAUGAAAAUCCGGAUGCAGGAUACUGUAGAGGAAACUUUCAAAGAUACUAUUAUGACUGGAAAUCCGAUAAAUGUUCUGUUUUUCGAUACAGUGGUUGCGGUGGAAACGAUAAUAAUUUCCUAGUUUUACACGAAUGUCAAAAGAAAUGUCAAAAUUUACGUAGGAACACACAAUGUCCGGAAACAGCAGAAUGCGCUUUAAACUGUCCACCAUGUUGUCGUGAAGUUGAUGGCUGUAUUAAAUGUGAUUGUGACAGCGUAGUUAUAGAACCUCCUGGUCCUUCGAGGAAAGACAAUAAUUGUAUUCAAUCGCCUGCUGAUUGUACUCCCGAUUGUCCUCUACAGUCCACUUCCCCAGGAUGUUUUUCCUGCAUAUGUAUUCCUGAUGUUUUUCGAGCACCUGAAGUUCCACAUAGAAACAUCCAUGAAUUUCGUGUAUUAAAUCCGGGAGAUUGUCCAGGAAGAUGCAGAAUUAUAACGCAUCCAAAUGAACUUAUAUGUAAUUGCGCUAAUCAAGAUAUUUGCGUCUUACCAAAAGAUAGCGGAUUGUGUCACGGAAAUGAACUCAUGUAUUAUUUUAAUAGUCAUAAAGGAAAAUGUGAAGCCUUUAGUUACAGUGGAUGUGAAGGAAACUUGAACCGUUUUAAAACAUUAGAAAAAUGUAUCGAUUUUUGUGGAGAUAUUUGUGAACUUCCGAAGAAACAAGGAAUUUGUAAAAAUACAAUAAAAAAUUUUUAUUUUGAUCACGAUACUAUGUUAUGCAAUAGUUUUCCUUACAGUGGUUGCGAAGGAAAUGAAAAUAAUUUUAUAAGUGAAGAGAAUUGCAAAAAAAGAUGUCUCGAUGUAUGCGAAGAACCUGUAGAUCCCGGACAUUGUUCUGAAAAUAUUAAACGAUAUUAUUAUGAUACGACGACAAAAUCGUGUCAAGAAUUUACAUUUACUGGAUGCAUGGGAAAUAAAAACAAUUUCUACACUCUUUCUGAAUGUCAGAGAAAAUGCGAAGCAAUUUGCCAGCUUCCCGUUGCUGUUGGUCCUUGUAAAAUAUUUGUAACUCGCUUUUAUUACGAUUCUGUUAAUCGGACUUGCGAGGAAUUCAAAUAUGGAGGAUGUGAAGGAAAUGAAAAUAAUUUUGAAUCGAAAGAAGAUUGCUCGGGAAAAUGUCAUGGUGUUCGUUUAGCAGCGUCCUGUAUGAGUAAACAUUGCAAAGAUCCAUCCAACGAUAGAGGUACUCACAUUCAUGCUACUCCAUCAUUUAUUGUCUUAAUUGUUUUUGGGAUAUUAUUUGAAUAUUAUACAUAUUUAUAAAUAAACUUAUAAAAAUGUUUUUAUAAUUUUUUUAUUAUUAUUUUAUU